UUUAUGUGUGUUUGUCCUGCCCUGCCCCGUGUCAGCUUGUUUGGUUUCCUGCAGUCCUAAGACGCGACUCGAAUUGCUUCCAGCAUGGACUCGGCUUCUUCGCUCUCUUAAACGGGUUUUGUGUCUCCUACUCGCUCAGCUACACGAUGCAGUCGGUCAGAGGUUCAUGUGGACCUUACCUUCGUCCUAAGAGGAUGGAUCUGACACUAACUCCUUUUCUGAUGCUGUUAAUAAGCGGAAUUCACGCCACAUCGCGUGGAUCAGAUCUAAUGCCAUACAUGCCUAACGUGUGUACAGAACGCGAGGUGAAGCUGGUGGCUCACAUGCAGCCCUGUGUGCAGGCUUUCACCCGAAUGGUUAAAGUGUGGAAGCAAGGAUGUGAAGGACAACUGUGGUGCAUGGGCUAUGAGAGAAGGACGGUGUAUUACACUGCAUACAGACAGGUGUAUCGACAGAAUUAUGAGACGUUACACAAGUGCUGCCCGGGAUGGUCUCAGCUCAACGGGGAAGCUGGAUGUCUGUACCCUGUCUGCAGCUAUGGAGUCUGUUUUAAUGGAGGCCGGUGCAGAGAAGGAUCCUCGCAGCUCUGCGAUUGCCCGGCCGGUUUCCACGGCCCGAGCUGUCAGUAUGACGUGAACGAGUGUGAGGAGACGAACGGAGGCUGCGAGGCACUAUGCUGUAACACUAUUGGCAGCUUCUAUUGCAAGUGUCCUUCAGGACAGGAACUCAAGGAGGACGGCAAGACCUGCCAAGACAUCGACGAGUGCCUCGUCCAUAAUGGAGGAUGUCAGCACAAGUGUGUGAACACCCGAGGCUCCGUCCAGUGCCAGUGUGACCCUGGGUUUCGCCUGCAUGUAGACAGACGCACCUGCAUAGCUGUCGGCUUGUGUGGCAUCAGUAAUGGAGGGUGUGAACACAUUUGCAUCCAGCAGUCAGCGGUUCAGAUCCAGUGCCGCUGUCGACCCAACUACAGACUGGCAGAGGACGGCAAACACUGCACCUUGGAGAACCUGUGUGUUCUGCGGAACGGUGGCUGUUCUCAGGAGUGCCGCAGUGAUGGGGGCAGGACCUACUGCGACUGUCGUCCGGGUUUCAACCUGACAGAGGACGGCAAGACCUGCCGAGACAUCGACGAAUGCCAGACGGGUCAGGCGCAGUGUGCACACGGCUGCCGUAACACCAGAGGCUCCUUCGUUUGCGUGUGUAAUGCUGGAUACGAGGUGGGAGCGGACGGCACACAAUGCUAUCGGAUUGAGAUGGAGAUUGUGAACAGCUGUGAGACUAAUAAUGGCGGCUGUUCUCAUCACUGUGAGCACAACUCUAAUGGCCCGGUGUGCGUCUGUAACCAAGGCUACCGGCUCCAUGAGGACCUCAAGACGUGUAUUGACGUAGACGAGUGCGAGGACGGCGGCUCGUGUUGUCAGCAGGACUGUAUGAAUUACCCAGGAGGCUACGAGUGCUACUGCGCCGCAGGCUACAGGCUCAACUCGGACGGCUGCAGCUGUGACGAUAUAGACGAGUGUCUGGCCGAGAACGAUGGCUGUGAACACGAGUGUCAGAACAGCGCCGGAUCGUUCACGUGUUCCUGCAGACCAGGAUAUGGGCUGAACACGGACCGCCGCUCCUGUACCUGGCUGGACGGAACAGUUCCGCACACUGGAUCAGUGAAGGAGGCCUGGCAGUUGAAUCUGAUCACGGAUUACAGACUGUUGGAGCACUAUGACGACUAUGAGGAGGACGACGGAGAGCUGCGUGCCGAGAGCACGCUGGCCGAGAAAUUCGUGUGUCUGAAUGACACUUUUGGCUUCGACUGCAGUUUGUCCUGUGAGGACUGUAUAAACGGAGGAGUGUGUAACACACACCGAACUGGCUGUGACUGCCCAGAUGGCUGGACAGGAAUUAUCUGCAACCAGACCUGUCCCGAGGGCCGGUUCGGCAGAAACUGCUCAUUCCCGUGUAAGUGUGAGAAUGGAGGUGUGUGUGAUCCGGUGACCGGACGAUGUCGCUGUCCACCGGGCGUCAGUGGAGAACGCUGUCAGGACGGAUGUCCUAAAGGUCUCUAUGGAAAGCAGUGCGAUAAGAAAUGUAACUGCGCCCAUAACGGACGGUGCCAUCGCACAUAUGGAGCGUGUCUGUGUGACCCGGGACUGUACGGCCGCUUCUGCCACCUGCCGUGUCCUAAAUGGGUGUUCGGACCCGGCUGCUCUGAGGAGUGUAAGUGUGUUCAGGAAAACACUCUGGAGUGCCAUCGGCAAUACGGCACCUGCGUCUGCAAGCCUGGUUAUCAGGGUGACGCGUGUGAAACAGAGUGUGACGCAGGCUUGUAUGGUCAAGGCUGUGUACAGAAGUGUUCCUGCACGUAUGGGGCGGCGUGUGACCCUGUGACUGGGGUUUGCCAGCGUCGGUGUCCAGCUGGUAAAGAAGGAGAAAACUGUGACGAAGACUGUGCAGAUGGCAAUUUUGGGAUUGGCUGUUCUGAGUCAUGUGACUGUUCAGGAGCCCCGUGUGACCAGGUGACCGGCCGGUGCCGAUGUCCUGCAGGGACGAUGGGCAGCCGCUGUGAGGAAGAGUGUGCUGCAGGUCAGUGGGGUUUGGACUGUAAGGAGACAUGUCCAGUGUGUGUAAACGGGGGUGUGUGUGACAAACACAACGGCUCGUGCCUUUGUCCACCCGGAUACAUGGGCAGACUCUGUCAAAACUCGUGUCCAGCCGGUCGCUUCGGUCAGAGCUGCCAGAUGAAGUGUGCGUGUGAGAACAGUGGGCGAUGCCACCCCGUGACGGGCCGCUGCUCCUGUACGCCAGGCUGGACCGGUCACAACUGCAGGAAAGCCUGUGACGCCGGAUUCUGGGGACUGGACUGUGUGAAGGUGUGCGACUGCAGAAACAGUGAUGUGAGCUGUGAUGCAGUAACAGGACAGUGUAACUGUGAAGCUGGGUUUACAGGAACACGCUGUGACCUCAAAUGCUCUGCUGGUUUUUUUGGCCUGGGCUGUCGGCAGCGCUGCCAGUGCGAUAAUGAGGCGUCAUGUGACCACAUAAGUGGAGCGUGUACCUGUAAGGUGGGCUGGACAGGAACGUUCUGCGAAAAACCCUGUCCUCAGGGCUAUUAUGGGCUGGACUGUCAGCACAAGUGUGUUUGCCUGAAUGGCGGACUCUGUGAUAACCUCAGUGGGAAGUGUGUGUGUCCUGCAGGUUGGAUUGGUCCAAUCUGUAACCAGACGUGUCCGGCUGGUUUUUACGGUCAAGGCUGUUCUCAGACCUGCGCUUGUCAGAACACUGAGAGAUGCCACGCCGGCACCGGGGAGUGUGUGUGUACGGCAGGGUGGACCGGAUUGAACUGCUCAGAUAAAUGCCCGGCGGGUUUGUUCGGGUUAGGUUGCAGUCAGAGGUGCUUGUGCCAGAACGGUGGGACGUGUGACCACAUCAGCGGACACUGUUCCUGUCCCAGCGGCUGGAUGGGCACGGCGUGUGAGCGCGAGUGUGUCGCGGGCCGUUUUGGGCCAGACUGCCAGCGGGAGUGUGUGUGUGAGAACGGAGGGCAGUGUGACGGGCAGACGGGACAGUGCGUGUGUGGAGCAGGCUGGAUCGGACAGCGCUGCGAGGAGGCGUGUGUGUCAGGCCGCUUUGGCGUGGGCUGUGAGGAGCAGUGCGAGUGUGAACAUGGAGCUUCUUGUCAUCAUGUUAGUGGAAGAUGUGUGUGUACAGCAGGCUGGCGAGGAGCUCAGUGUGACAAAGCCUGCUUGCCUGGAACGUUCGGUGCUGACUGUUCCCAGGUGUGCACGUGCCCACACGGCACUUCCUGCCACCAUAUCAGCGGAGAGUGCGGCUGCCCGCCGGGUUACACAGGAAACAGCUGUGAGCAGACAUGCCUGCCCGGUACCUACGGCCUCGACUGUAAUCAGGUGUGUCAGUGCUCGGAGAGGAACCAGCUGUGCCACCCGGCGUCAGGAGAGUGCUACUGUGCUCCGGGGUACUCCGGACCCAAAUGCGAUCUGGAGUGUGAGAGAGGGCGCUAUGGUCCAGACUGUGAGAGCGAGUGUCAGUGUGCGAACGGUGGGGCGUGUCAGGCCACCACGGGCGCAUGCCGAUGUGCCCCCGGAUUUAUAGGAGCUCGGUGCAACAUCACAUGCCCCACCGGGCGUUACGGGCAGGAUUGUGCCCGUGUUGCUCUUUGCAGGGACGGAACGAGGAAUGACCCGGUCACCGGGAGGUGUGUGUGCGCGCCUGGGCACCGAGGAGAGGACUGUGGACAAGACUGUGCUCCAGGUCGGUAUGGUGUAGACUGUUCUCAGCACUGUAACUGCAGUAACGGAGGUGUGUGUGAGUCGGUCUCUGGGAACUGUACGUGUGGACUCGGCUUCACUGGGCUGCGCUGUGAGAAAGAGUGCCCUGAGGGAUGGUACGGUCUGAACUGCAUGCUGGAAUGUGCGUGUCAGCACAACAGCACAUGUGACAGGGUGACAGGAACUUGCCUGUGUGGACCAGGAUACUAUGGUCAUCUGUGUGAGCAUGCUUGUCCGGUGGGUCUGUAUGGACCUCGGUGCCAGCAGCACUGCGAGUGUGUGAACGGAGCUCUGUGUCAUCCCAGUAACGGACACUGCAUCUGCCCUGCCGGAUAUCAGGGGUCACACUGCCAGAAAGAGUGUGAGCAGGGCACGCACGGGCCGAACUGUUCGAAGACGUGCGACUGCGCAGACGACACGCCGUGUGACCCCGUGAGCGGCGCGUGCGCGUGCGCGCCGGGGAAAACCGGACUCAGGUGUGAUGCAGACUGUCGAGUGAACCGGUAUGGACCUGACUGCUCAUUAAGCUGCGAGUGUGAGAACGGGGCGCAGUGUGACAGCCGUACCGGUCGCUGCACGUGUGUGAAAGGUCGGAUCGGCGCCACGUGUUCAGAAGACGGAGCUCCGGCACUGAGCAGCUGCGACAGACGAGAGGAGGAGAAGUCGCGCCUGAACAACUCCUUAUAGCGCCGCACCUUGAAAGAGUGAAUCAGGAAGAGAAAGAAAUGCACAAGUGGAGAGAUCUGAUCUUCCUCUGGCGCUCCACUCAACUGUUUCAGCUCUGCAUGAAGAGGACGGUGAGGGAACAGACUCACACCACACUCAGAAGAGGGCAAAAAGCCACUCGUGUCGCGUGUGUUCUGUAAGCUGCAAUGAUCUCUCUCACUUACACACACGGCACUUUAACCCACAUUUGUGUUUGUGUUCAGUGUUUCAGAAACAGUUCUGCUGUAUGAUCAGCAACUUCCUGUCCAAAAAAACCCCUCCAAACCCCCC